UGGUUCCUCCAGUAGGAGCGCAGUGGCGGCGGACUGGUGUGUGAGGUUGCGUCUUUCGCUGUUUUCCGGGUUCCCUCCCCACGAGUUCCUUCCCGCUCUUAUGGCCGCGGUGGAAGAGGACUUUGUGCUGGCCCAGAAGCUGCAGGAAGAGUGGAACACGGAGGUCCCAGCAUUGGUCCAGCCCCGGAAGGAACCCAAGUCGCUGGUCGACGAGGCUUGGGAGCUCGUGGACCCCAACCCCGAUCUCCGAGCGCUGUUCGUGCAGUUCAACAAGCUGUAUUUCUGGGGGCGGCUGGAGGCGGUGGAGGUGAAGUGGAGCUUUCGAAUGACGCUAUGUGCUGGAUUUUGUAAGUAUGAGGGAAAAGGUGGAAUGUGUUCCAUCAGCCUUAGUGAACCCCUUUUAAAAUUGAGACCAAGAAAAGAUCUUAUAGAGACACUGUUACAUGAAAUGAUACAUGCAUAUUUAUUUGUCACUAAUAAUGAUAAAGAUCGGGAAGGUCACGGCCCAGAGUUUUGUAAACAUAUGCAUCGCAUCAAUCGCCUAACUGGAGCCAAUAUAACAAUAUACCACAGUUUUCACAAUGAGGUGGACCUAUAUCGUCAACAUUGGUGGCGUUGCAGUGGACCCUGCCGGAACAGAAAACCCUACUAUGGUUACGUGAAACGGGCAAUGAACAGAGCACCCUCAGCUAAAGACUUUUGGUGGCCUGAGCAUCAGCGAACUUGUGGAGGCACAUACAUAAAGGUCAAAGAACCAGAGGGUUAUUCAAAAACAGGCAAGAAAAAGACAGAGCUAGAAAAGCAGCCAGACUCUGGAACAGAAAGUAAAGAUAAAGGUAAACUAAAGGAAGGAGGGAGCCAGCUUUUGACUCCGUUCAGUGGAAAAGGGUAUCUCCUGGGAGGAACAAGCAGUACAUCCUCACUUGGGAAGGUCAUCAGCCCACAUGCCAUUAAUCAAAUCCAAGAAUUGCCUGAUCAGAACUGUCCACUGGUUGCCACGAGACCUAAUCAUAAAACUGAGUUUAAAUCAAAUUUGUCUCAGGAAAUUAACAGCUCUAAAGAUAAAUUACCAAAUAAGAGACCCAAAGUCGAAAACAAAACUGCUUUUGCCAAUUUUUUUAUCAAGAAAGAGCAAAUGAACAGCAUGUGUACAAGUGAUAAUGGCUCAAAAUGCAGUUCAUUCCCUGUCACCUCUUCUCAGAAUUCCAGCAGUUUAAUUAGUCACGAAAAAGCAGUGAGCUGCCCUGUUUGCCAGACUCAAGUUUUGGAGACAGAAAUUAAUGAGCACUUGGAUUCCUGCCUUAUGUGAGAAACCAUUGCCAAAGCUAAGAGCUGCAAAUGUCUUUGGGAAACAAAUUUGUCUUAAUUGUGCAGCAAAAAUUAGUUCAUAAGAGUAUCAUGCCAAAUAAUCAGAAAGUUAAAAUGUUGUGAGUAAUAGUGUGUGUGUUUGUGUGUGUGUGUAUUAUAAAAUUGAGAAGGCGCUUUCUGUGGCUUCCAAAGUUAAUUCUAUAUUUUUCUGUUACCACAAUUUGAAUAAAUACUGGUUGUAUAUAGAUGUCCCAGAAGUCCUUGUGUAAUUUUAAAGCACCCUCUGUAGUGGUGCUAAAUUUAUGUGUUUCACAUGGCACAGUUCACAAUUUGUUGACUGAGUUUUAUUAUUUUGCAAUUAUGAAUAAAAAGGAUUUCAGAAUAUUGUAUAUAAGAUAA